AUGGUUUGUUUGCAGAACAACACUGUUUGGAAGCUGGACUCGUGCCGAGAGUGUGGUUGCCAUGGUGACAUUGUCCUGUGUGAAGCUGUUGCGUGCAGAAACCCUCACUGCAACUUUCAGAAGGACGAAAUACUUCAAAUAUCCCCCAACACUUGCUGCCCUAUGUGUGCUAAGCGAACUGAAGGGUUUUGCGAACAUGAAGGACAACUCCAAGAACCUAACACGGAAUGGGCCAGUUCAGGAUGCACAACUUGCUCUUGUGCUAAUGGAGUGGUUACCUGUGCCCCCAAACGUUGUUCUGCUCUUUCUUGCGAGGAAAAUGAAAUGGAACAUAUUGGUCGAGGAGAAUGCUGUCCAAAGUGUGUAAGCAGAGGAGACUCUUGCUCUUUCGAUGGCCAAAUAUUCCCAAACAACAAGGAAUGGCAACUGAGCCAGUGUGCCAAAUGCGUCUGUCGGAAUGGCUCCGUGCAGUGUUUCACAGUCCUUUGUCAACCUGCAUUCUGUAAUGCGGGUGAAAGUAUGGUUGUACCAGUUGGAAAAUGUUGUCCAGAAUGUGUUCGGAAAUCCUGCUUUGCGUCUGGGACAGUAUACCAGCAUGGUGAAGAGUGGAAGAAAGAUGCCUGCACCACCUGCAUAUGUGACCGAGGAGAAUCCAGAUGUUUUACAAAGACCUGCCCCCCACUGAAUUGUGGGAAGGGGGAGAACAAAGUGCGUCGUCCUGGGGAGUGUUGUGAAGAGUGUGUAUUUUCCAAGGGGAGCUGUGUGCACAAUAGCACCAUCAAAUACCACAAUGAGAUGUGGAAUGAUACUGACUGUAAGUUCUGUAUCUGUGAUGGAGGACAAGUUGCUUGCUGGAACGCAGAAUGUGCCAAAGUGGACUGUGCCCCGAAUGAAGAAUUAUUUCAUUUAGAAGGCAAGUGCUGUCCUGAAUGCAUUUCAAGAGGUGGGCCCUGUAUUUACAAAGAAUAUACCAAAGAUAGUGGUGAAAAAUGGAAGGAAGGCCUGUGCCGUGAAUGUGAAUGUCUGGACUCUAAAGUAAGCUGCUACUCAUGGUCUUGUCCAACUUGUCCCCCGGGAAGUGUGGCUGUUGCUGUGCAAGGAGAGUGUUGCCCUCAGUGCAAGCCAGGUCAGUGCCAUUCUGAUUGCUCGACCUGCACCCAGGCUUUUGAUCAUUGUGAUGUCUGCCGAGAGUCCACCAAGUUUCUACAGAACGGGCGCUGUGUUGACAGCUGUGGGCCUGGCUUCUAUCCAGAUGCUGGCCUUUGCUUAGCUUGUAAAGAGAUGUGCUCUACUUGUACUAGUAAAUUUGGAUGUAGUUCGUGCCAAGGUUCGCUGCAUUUGAAGGAUGCCCAGUGCGUGACAUCAUGCGGUGAAGGGUUUUUCCCGGGACCUCUCCAGUGCACAGCUUGCCACCAUUCCUGUGCUACGUGCCGGGGUCUGACCGCAAACAACUGUUCCACGUGCAGAGACCCGUCUCUCGUGUUACUGGAAGGCACGUGCGUGGCUAAUUGCGGGGAGCGGUUCUACGUUAGGGAUGGAGUUUGCAGAGCUUGCCCUGAAGGUUGUGAAGUAUGUUACCCCGACCAGCUGAGAUGUUUGGCCUGUGCUUCAGGCCGAGUUCUGCGUGAUGGGAACUGCGUGUCAGAAUGUCCUCGUGGCUACUACGCAGAUAGUUCUCACAAAUGCAGAGUUUGCCAUAGUUCCUGCACCAGCUGCACAGGGCCUUUGCCUACGCAGUGCUCCUCCUGCUCCUUUCCCAAGGCCUUCUACGAGGGUCAGUGUCUUCUUGCUUGUGGAGGGGGCUUUUAUCAGCACCACAACAUCUGUAAAGGUUGCCAUUCAUCUUGCAGGGCAUGUAUUGGCCCAGAACAUUCACACUGUACACAGUGCAUGAACCCAGAGGAGAACGUGCAACCAGAAAUGAGCCUUGAGGAGAGGUUCGUCGGAACCUGUCUACCUCAGUGCAGAGCCCAGUUCUACAAUAACGAAGACAGGAUUUGCAAAGCGUGCCACUCCUCCUGCCUUUCUUGCACAGGGAGAUCCCCUGAGAACUGCACCGCUUGCACAUCUCCUCAGGUCCUUUAUGAAGGCCAGUGCAUUGCUGAGUGUCCAAAGGGAUGGUAUCAUCAGGAAACACAUUGCUUUGCCUGCCAUCCCUCUUGUGAGACAUGCAGUGGGGCUGCUGAUGAUGAAUGCACAACUUGUCAUCCCCACGUCACUUUCCUCAAUGGAAGAUGCAGAACUCCCUGCAAGAGAGAGCAAUAUCUCAAUCUAGUGGGAUAUUGUGUGGAUUGUCAUCCCCUCUGUGAGUUGUGUGUGGCAGAUCUCCAAAACAGAGGAAGCGUCUGCCUAGGGUGCCGUGAUAUCCAUCACCUGCUUCUGAAAGACCACUGCGUGCCAGGCUGCCCUGUGGGAUUUUACCAGCGCGGAGGAGUGUGUCAGAAAUGCCACCCUUCCUGUAAAUCCUGUAGAGGAGAAGGCCCUUUCUCCUGCACUUCCUGUGACUCCAGCCUUGUCCUUUCUCACACUGGCUCAUGCCUCUCGGCCUGUUCCCUUGGAUUCUAUCAGGAUGAGAACCUUCACUGCCAACCUUGCAGUGACCCAUGUCUAAGUUGUGAUUCAGAAUCCCGCUGUACUUCCUGCAAAGACCCAUCCAAAGUCUUACUGUUUGGGGAGUGCCAGUAUGAUAAGUGUGCACCACAGUAUUUCCUUGAUUUGUCUACCAGAACAUGCCAAGAGUGCGACUGGAGCUGCAACGUCUGCAAUGGUCCCAACCGUACUGAUUGCUUGCAGUGCAUGGAGGGAUAUCUUCUCCACCGAGGUGCCUGUGUUGAACAUUGUCCGCUGGCAUUUUACAGGGAAUCUGAAACAUGUCAAAGUUGCGAUGAUGACCACUGCCUCCAGUGUGAUAGCCCUGGCAAAUGUGUGCGCUGCCAGGCCCCGUUCUUCCUCCUGGAAUCACAGUGUGUCUUGUCUUGUGGAAAGCGGUACUAUGGAGACCAUGGAGGGCAGAUAUGCCUAGCUUGCCCCAAGGGAUGCUUGGAGUGUGACGGUUCCAGCAGAUGCCAAGUUUGUAAUUCCACUACUUUUCUUCAGAACGGCCUUUGUGUUUCUGACUGCAGGCAUGGCUUGCACAGCAACCCCCAGAGCCGGGAGUGCAAAUCUUCUGGGACCACUCCUGGGCUCAAGGCAAAGAGCCUACUCUUGGUAGGAAUUGGUGAGGUGAAGCUCCUAGAUGGUUCCUUACUGGAGGUGGAAAACCUAGAGAGCUCUGGAGAAGGCCUCCUGUUUCGCGUGGCGUUCCCUCCCACCAAUGGCAGGCUGAUGGCCCUGGCUGAAGGGGAAGAAAGAGAACUUCACCAACAUGACCAUUUCACCUGGGAGGAGAUGAAGGAGCAGCACAUUUUCUUUGUGCAUGACAAAAUGAAAUCCAGGAAUGGCCAGUUUUUCCUGACACUCAGCUAUCAACAGUCUGUUUCUGAGCCAGUAAUAUUCACUGUUCAAGCCCUAUCGACACAGCCUCCUUAUGUCCUCAGGAACGAAGUCCUAUUUGUUAGCAAAGGGGAUGCUAGAACCAUCACCAACCACUUGCUUGAUAUACAAGAUAGGGAUAAUCCCCAAGAUGUGACGGUGACCAUUUUAGAUCCUCCAAAACAUGGUCAAUUAGUCAAACUUCUAGAAGAUGGCCCAUUGGCUCUGCGUGCAUUCAGCCUUGAUGAACUUUCAGGAGGAUUUGUGCAUUAUAUUCAUGAUGGAUCUAACAGUUUGGAAGACACAGCUGUUCUGCAAGUGAGCGAUGGGUACCAUUUUCAGAAUAUACUCUUUCGCAUCAAGAUUGAUCUAAAG